UGUGCUUGAUCUAAUUUUCAAUUUUUAACUGAAAAUAUUUUUUCUAACACAGAAUUCUAGACUAUAAAUCCUAGACUUUAAUACUGGAAAUUUAUUUCUCUCUGUAAAUGCCUUUUUAUGGGAUGCUACUUGGAGUCAUGCCUUCUAUAUCGAUAAAGCUGAUUGUUCUCAUACACUGGAUCCUCGUCGUUUGGGCUCUGGUAGGCUUCGGAACCUCUGCAUAUGGCUGGUGCAAUAUCACUGCUCUAGCAAUCGGGAUUUGGGCAAUCGCUGAUAGACAAUCUGUUGAUGCAUUGUUUAUGUUCAUCAUGAUGCAGCUCUUCUCAAUUGUUGUUGACAUUGUCAUACUCGCUGUAUAUUUCGAUGGAAGAGGCACUGGUGUCUAUAAGUUUAGUGCAGCGAUGUGCAUUAUAAACCUGAUCCUGAAACCUUUCUCAUCUGUCCUGCUUUACCAGAUGUAUAGAGAUAGAGGUGGGGAAUACAACAUUAAUUUCGGUCCGCAUGCACCGUCGUACGAACAUAUCGGAGAUGACAGCGGAUCUUCAGCUGAAUUCAGGAAUCCGUUACAACCCAGCCAACCAGCGUAUAUAGAUAACAGACAACCAAUGUCUGAUAAUAAGAAUCAGCCUUUGGUCUGAGAGAGACUUAUUAGGAUUUAUAAGAAAAAAAUGUUUUUGCUUUUUUGAGAAUUAUUUCAUUCACCAAAUGCAGUCUUAUUAUUGUGUUGUUUAACUGUGUACCUACCAUAUGUGCUUGUGAAGUAUUAAAUCAUGCCUUUCAUGUGACUUGUAUAUAAUGAUUUUCAUUGUAGAGCAAAAAUUUCUGUUGAUUUAAACGAUACAUCGUUCGAUAAGUCGCUCGAUUGUUCAUAUAUCAUUUUCCAUUAAAUCUUAGUAAAAUAACUAAUUGAAUAAUUCCUUAAUUACCAAUACAUGGCCAUAAACCUUUUAAAAAUGACCCAGAUCUUCAGAUUCGAAACUAUUAUUAGAAGUCUGGAAGUCUACUAGGCUCAGAUUCCCUUUGAGGAUAUGACUCUUGGACAGUGAAACCUCUUGAACAUUGGUUCCCUAACCUUUUAUGGUGUGUGGCCCCCUAACGUUGGUGUUUAGCACUCAUUCCCCCCCUGUUCAUCAUCCAAGUACUAUUUGGAGACGUAUAACUAUUGACAGAUUUCAAAUCCAAAUAUAUUCAAACAAUUUAUGCUCAAUCAAGUGAAAACACCCAGUGAAAUCACCUUAUAAAGCAAUGAAAUUACGAAGAACGGAGUUUUUUUGGAAUGAUGAAUGUGAUAUCAUUUCUGCGGCCAAUAUUGUGGCCCCUCUAACCGCCCCCUCCGGUUGGGGACUGCUGCUCUAGAAAAAUUGUCCAAGUACAGUUCCAAAACUAAGUCGUGGAACCAAGUCAAAGUGUCUGUAGCAAGUCGACUCUAUCCAUGUCUGAUCGCGGGGGGGGGGGGGGGUACUUAUUUAAAAGAAUUGCUAAAGACUAGUGUCUUAUAUGCACUAACUCAGAAAUACUGGAGAUUCAUCUCUGAGCAAAUUUAUGGUGGUCACUUCUGUAGAAAGGGCUAUUUUUUUCAGUGAGAAAAUUUGCUCAAAGCAAGAUCAUGGGCAAUUGCUCCAAAGCAAAGAAGACUCUUCGCUGAGCGAAGUUACAGGCCACCUUCGAAAUGCCAAGAUCUACUUUUAAACAGAUAAUUUUGAAUAUAAUAGAUUCAUUUUGUUCAUCUCUUUAGCCAUAUUGAAACAGUAAUGGUUCCAGUUGUUUCAAAAAUACCAUCUUUCUGUGGCGUUUGUACAAAUCCACUCUAAAAUUUAAAAUAAAUCAUUUUAUUGUAUUUUGAUUUUAUUUAGAAAUCUCUGUGUUCUCCCCCAAAACAGUAUUUAUCAUUUGUGUGCUAACACAGCCUUGCACAGAGAGAACAUUUCCCAGAUAAAAUAAUUUUUCCAAUGUAUGUAUUAAAAUGUCGUUCACCAUUACAAUUUUCUUUUUGCCGCCUUGGCGUCUUAUGCAAUUUCUUUAUGUUGUGAAUUUGUAUAUACAGACCCCUUCAUGUAUCGCUAUGGGAAUGAUUGUUUAUUGAUGUUUUUGUUUAGUAAGGAAUGAUUCUGACCUAACAUUGGUGUCGUGUGUUAUUGCAUGAUAUGUUUAAAUGAGGAUUCUCAAGCUUGAUUCUCUCAUUCAUCGAUUUGCAAAUUUCUAAUAUAAAAUUUACCCCGCACAUA